UGAAAACAACUUUGGCAACAACUUUGUGAUGAAUCAUCCACCCAUUUUCUUUCCAUAACAGAACAUAAAAUCGUAGACAUCUAUCGUUUUAGAAAGCAAGACAUGUUUUGAGAAAAUAGAAAUCCGAGGAGGUCAUCUUGGCAUACACAUUCAAGAAUCGAUAAAAGAUGGAAGAUAUGCAUAAAGAAAAUGAAAACAUUAUUUCAUGAAAUAGAAAUACGAACAUACAAUGUAAGCUUGGUCAGUAAAUUAUAAAAAUCUUCGACAAUGGCUACAAAAGACUCGUAUGGUGGAUAUGAACAAGAGAGAUUUCUCGAUAAAGUUCAUUCAAGAUUUGAAUGUCCCAUAUGUUUCAAAAUAUUUAAGGAUCCUGUUCAUUGUCCAAAUCAGCAUCAUUUCUGUCGUUCUUGCAUCGAAAGAUGCUUACUUUCUUCUAACAAAUGUCCUCAAUGUAAUUGUCAAAUCACGUCGAAGACAUUGCAGGAUGCACCUAGAAUUGUCACCGAAAUGUUAGAAGAUCAUGAUAUUCGCUGUACGAAUGUUAACCGUGGUUGUCCUGAAAUUAUGAAGCUUCAAUUUCUCGAACGUCAUGAGAAGAACUGUGGUUAUUCACCUACACCUUGUAGAAAUGAAGGUUGUAACGAAGUCCUUAAUAAAAACGAGAUUGAAGAACAUGAAAGGGAACGAUGUGAGUUCCGUCUCAUCGAUUGUGAAGAAUGCAAAAUGUUUCUAGUAUUUAAGUAUCGAGGAUCUCAUCCAUGUUUUAUGAGGAAAGAGAUUAACGAGUUGACCAAAAGAUUGGAGAUGUUUCAAAAAAGUCAAGAUGACAGGGCAAAGCAUGUUGAAGAGCGAGUUAGGUUGAAUCAUGAAAUGGUGACUCAUGUUGAAAAGCAAAUGAAGUUAAAUCGUGAUGAAAUGGUGACUCAUGUUGAAGAGCAAAUGAAGUUGAAUCGUGAUGAAAUGGCGAGUCAUGUAGAAGAGCAAAUGAGAUUAAGUCAUAAUGAAAUGACGUUUCUUACAACAGAAACGACAGAAAGAUGUAAUUUUCUUACGGGAAAAGUAAAGAUUUUUGUUUGUGGAGGUUAUGAUGGCAACAAUAAUUUUAAUUCUGUCGAGUCUUUCAACUGGGUUUUAAAUUAUUGGCAAAAGGAACCACAAACGAAAGAAAAACGAUCUGCAGCAGCUGCAUUUGUUCAUGGUGGAGAAAUAUUUGUCUGUGGUGGUUGGAAUGGGAAACAACCGUUAGAAAAUAUUGAAAGUUUAAAUAAGGAUGGAAAAUUGCAAUGGAAAAUAUCUCCUGUCAUGUUACCAAGAAAGUGUUAUGGACAUAGUAUGAUUUACCAUAAUGAUAAUGUGAUUAUGAUUGGUGGAUAUAACAGAAACGAAGCCUUUGAUACAAUCUACAGUAUUCAACUAAAUCCUCCACAUACGACGAAAUUAUUGGAGCUAAUACCAGAGCCAAGACGUUACCAUGGCUCAAUUUUCAUUGACGACGAUGUUUUAGUAUUUGGUGGGGGAAUAUCUGAAAACGAGAAAGAUAUCAAAAACACUGUUUAUUCAUACAGUCUCAGUAAAAAGGAAUGUAAGACCUUGGCUCCACUUCCAUAUCCUGUAAGUGCCAUGGGUAUAGUCAGUUAUAAAGAAAGCAAGACAUGUUUUGAGAAAAUAAAAACCCGAGGAGGUCAUCUUGUCAAAGACAUUCAAGAAUCGAUAAAAAGAUGGAAGAUAUACAAAAAGAAAAUGGAAAGUUUAUUUCAUGAAACAGAAAUACGAACAUACAGUGUAAACUUUGUCAGUAAAUUAUAAAAGUCUUCGAAAAUGGCUACAAAUGACUCGUAUGGUGGAUAUGAACAAGAGAGAUUUGCCGAUAAAGUUCAUCCAAGAUUUGAAUGUCCUAUAUGUAUAAUGAUAUUUAAAGAUCCUGUUCAAUGUCCAAACGAACAUUAU